AGGAAUAUUGCCAACCUCGGUCACUUCAUGUUCAGCUUUUGUUCUCACUGAAGCAAUGUUUUAGUGCUUACUGUAAUUCCGCAGUUGUUUGUAUAAUUUAAUUCAGAGCCAAGACGACAUGCGGGUUCUCUCUUUAUUUAGACAGCAUGUUAUAUUUAAAGUUCUUGUACUUGUACAUUUUUAAGGGCUGUUUUGUCAUUUAGGAGAUUUAUUUAGAACCCCGGUACUCUGAACUAACCUCUCCCUGACCUAAGAAUCUAAACUCUCCCUGACCUUCGUGUUCACUCAGACUACUGUGCCAGAUUAACUUUUAAAGAUGUAUUUUUACAUUUUACUUCUUCAAAGUGCUUAAUAUCUUGCUCUUUGUGUAUUUGCGCCUGUUUGUGUGUGUGCUUGUGUGAAGAGAAGAGUCUAUGGCUCCACUGAAGGUCAGAAUGCCCUAAACAGAGAGAAAGAAGGGAACACACUGGGGUACAUUAAUGUCCUGUGACGUCCCUAGCUCCAGUGGCAACCGGGGUGAUUUACGUCAGGGGGUCGACCCCUCAGCGGACAGCGGCAGCUUAUCAGAGAGUGUGGCGGACACUGACAAAAUAGGAGCGACGUCCUCUAAUUAAAUUAGCCUGUUCCCGCUCUAAGCUGAGGCCCCUGGAUCCAGGCCCGAGUCAACCCGGUGGCUAAUUGAGAAAGCUGCCCCUCUGGUUCACAACCCCUGAGUCAUAAGUGCCAAUAAAACAAUGUGGAAGCGCUAAAGUCGUCUGGGGGGAAAAACAUGAGAGAAGCUGAAUUGCAUGGAGAUGAUUUGAUGUGGGUCCAGUGCCAACAUCGGGCUACGUGACAUAGAGGGUGUGGCCUUUGUCAGGGUCCCUGACCGCAUCAGGAGUCUCCUCGGGUGGAUCCUCUUUUAUCUGCUUCCCAGCACUGCAAAGCAGCCUGGGAAAGUGCCUCUGCGGCUGGCCGCUGCUCAACGAUCGGAAUUAUUAGAUCACUGUCUCAUUCCUCUUUUGUUCAACCCUCCUGUUAGCACCUCUGCUAGUUAAUGCGCUUGGACACUUUCUACCCUAACCAGGUCAGGUGGGGGUCAAGGAAUGCUUUUUUCCCCUAACUCCAUUCCUGGACACGCAAAGACUUGUGCUUGAGAUUGGAGAGGUCACGGUUCCUCAUUCCCAUGCCAGCACUAUGCCCACCACCAAGCGCCUCUCCUUCAAGAGUGCCAGCCUUGCCUGGGCCAAGUCUCACUCCAGGACUUCCCAGACAACCACACACGCGCAACUGGAGUCCGGCACAUUAUGAAGCCUCUAAGGCGGACGAACGGUUCCAGUAGACAUAGCCCCAAGGUCUGACAAGGUACAGCGACACCUUACAGUGAAACCCAGAUAAUGAACAAGAGGCUCAAAUGACAGAAGAUGAUACUUCGUUCCUCUCCAGUUUCACUCGCAGAGUUUUCGAAGGACGUACAGGACAACUUGUUCUUCAGGAGAAAUGCUGUCAUUUUUAUACACCCUCAGUUUUAGGUGAUGAAUUGAUGAAGGUGCUCAACGACCAGGGUGUUUCUCAAACGGGGAAGGAGCCCACUGACAAAGGUAAGGUUGGUUCCUACCUCUGAGAGGAUCAUCCACACCCGUUGCCGCAUUCCCUCUGAGAUGUAUCCAACCAGCUCACUUUCAUCCAGCCUUAUUAUCUAAACUGUCCUUGGUUUGCGGCCAGCCUGGUAACCCAACUAGGGUUUAAUAGCGGGAACCAGGUUACUGAGGUUUCCGGCCCAAACCCACUCCCGUUUCCCGGGAUAAAUAACUGAGAAACCAGUCAAUUAUAAUAAAUUAUUUAUAUGAACAGCUUGAAGUGAAAUAGAACUGUUAAAUUAUAUGCAAUGUCCAAAUCUGUCUUUACGGCUUCCUCUGCUCUGCUAUCUGCAUGAUCAAUCAUCAACACUCAGGGUGGGGACAGACAGCGCAUCUCAUAUGGAGUGCAGUUCACAAUGCAUGUAUCAUCUCAUCAGCAGGCCAUCGUUUUGAGGAUGUCCCUGGGGUACGGAGACACCUGGUCAGAAAGAGCACCAAAGGCCAAGUGGUGCAUGUCGGCAAGGACCACAAGGAGCCCUGCACACGCAGCCAAAAAAAGGACCGGACCCCACAUGAGGUGUUUGUGGAGCUGAACGAGCUUAUCAUGGAUAAGAACCAGGAGAUGCAGUGGCGGGAGACGGCCCGUUGGAUCAAGUUUGAGGAGGACGUGGAGGAGGAGACGGACCGCUGGGGCAAACCCCACGUGGCCUCGCUCUCCUUCCGCAGCCUGUUGGAGCUCCGCAAGACCAUCUCCCACGGGGCGGUGUUGUUGGACCUGGACCAGAAGACCUUGCCUGGCAUUGCCCACCAGGUGGUAGAGCAGAUGAUCAUCUCAGACCAGAUCAAGGCUGAGGACCGCGCAAAUGUGCUCCGAGCCCUGCUGCUCAAACACAGUCACCCAAGCGAUGAGAAGGAGCACAGCCACAACCCCUUCCCCAGGAACAUCUCGGCGGCCAGCCUGGGCAACCUGCUGCCCCAGCAACACAGCUCCAACCACAUCCACCAUCCAGAGCCCUCCGUUACAGACCCCCUCAUGGGCUCGGCCAGCACAGGGGAGCAGGAGACACGUAUCGACAUGGAGAAGAACGACCUGCAGCAGAAGGAGUCUACUCCAAAUAUCGGCAUACACAGGUCGAAGUCCAAGCAUGAGCUCAAGCUGCUGGAGAAGAUUCCAGAGAAUGCUGAGGCCACUGUUGUCCUUGUGGGCAGCGUUGACUUCCUGGAGCAGCCCACCAUGGCCUUUGUGCGGCUGCAGGAGGCGGAGGAGCUAGACUCUGUCCUGGAGGUCCCAGUGCCAGUCAGGUUCAUCUUUGUCCUGCUGGGUCCCCCCAGCACCAACAUGGACUACCACCAAAUCGGACGCUCCAUCUCCACACUCAUGUCUGACAAGCACUUCCAUGAGUCGGCCUACCUGGCGGACGACCGCCAGGACCUGCUCAACGCCAUCAACGGCUUCCUGGACUGCAGCAUCGUUCUGCCCCCCUCCGAGAUGGGCGGUGAGGAGCUGCUACGCUCCGUGGCACGCUUCCAGAAGGAGAUGCUUCGCAAGCGGGAGGAGCAAGGAGCCCUGCUGGCCAAGGAGCCCAAGAGCCAGAAGGAAAAAGAGGCCCUCCUCUCGCCCGGGAAGCCGGGAGACGACCCCCUGCAGCGUACUGGACGCCCCUUCGGAGGCUUAAUCCGAGACGUGAAGCGCCGCUACCCAAAGUACGUGAGUGACUUCAAGGACGCGCUGAACGCCCAGUGCGCUGCAGCCAUCAUCUUCAUCUACUUCGCUGCCCUCUCCCCAGCCAUAACCUUCGGAGGCCUCCUGGGUGAGAAGACUGAGGGUCUGAUCGGUGUGUCUGAGCUGAUCGUGGCCACAGCUGUGCAGGGUGUUCUUUUCUGCCUCCUGGGGGCCCAACCGCUCCUGGUGGUGGGCUUCUCCGGACCCCUGCUCGUCUUUGAAGAGGCCUUCUACUCUUUCUGUAAGGGGAACGGGAUAGAGUACCUGACGGGCCGGGUGUGGAUUGGCUUCUGGCUCAUCGUCAUCGUGGUGACGACAGUGGCCUUGGAAGGUAGCUUCCUGGUCCGCUUUGUCUCACGCUUCACCCAGGAGAUCUUCUCCUUCCUCAUCUCGCUCAUCUUCAUCUUCGAGACCUUCUCCAAGAUAGGCAAGAUUUUCAUGGAGCACCCACUGCAGCGCUGUUACCUUGACAACAGCACGGCGGAGAAUGCAACGAUGGAGAAUAGCACCCUGGAGCUAUUGCUUGGCAACAGCACUAUUUCGGUGGUGUCGGUGAAGGUCCUAGGGGAACCCAACACAGCACUGCUCUCCCUUGUACUCAUGUCUGGAACCUUCUUCAUUGCAUUCUACCUGCGCAAGUUCAAAAACAGUGCCUUCUUCCCUGGCAAGCUCCGAAGGAUUAUUGGAGAUUUCGGGGUCCCCAUAGCCAUCCUCAUCAUGGUCCUAGUGGACUACAGUAUACGUGACACUUACACACAGAAACUGAGCGUGCCCAGUGGCUUCUCUGUGACCAGUCCUGAGAAGCGUGGCUGGGUGAUCAACCCCCUAGGCAUGUACACCCCGUUCCCCAUCUGGAUGAUGUUUGGCAGUGUGCUGCCCGCCCUGCUGGUCUUCAUCCUCAUCUUCAUGGAGACACAGAUCACCACUCUGAUAGUGAGUAAAAAGGAGCGGAUGCUGGUGAAGGGUUCUGGCUUCCACCUGGACCUGCUGGUGAUCGUAGUGCUGGGCGGCACCUCUGCCCUGUUCGGCCUGCCUUGGAUGGCCGCUGCCACUGUGCGCUCCGUAACGCACGCCAACGCCCUCACCGUCAUGAGUAAGGCGGUCGCCCCUGGCGACAAGCCCCGCAUCCAGGAGGUCAAGGAGCAGCGGGUUACAGGGUUGCUGGUGGCUAUCUUAGUAGGCCUUUCCAUAGUGAUCGGAGACCUGCUGCGUCAGAUCCCCAUUGCUGUGCUGUUUGGCAUCUUCCUCUACAUGGGCGUGAUGUCACUCAAUGGAAUCCAGUUCACCGAGCGCCUAAUGUUACUGCUGAUGCCCCCCAAGUACCACCCCGACCACACCUACGUCCGCAAGGUGAAAACGCUGCGGAUGCACCUGUACACACUGAUCCAGCUGGUGUGUCUGGCGGCGCUGUGGGCCGUCAUGUCAACCGUGGCCUCUCUGGCUUUCCCUUUCGUCCUCAUCCUCACCGUCCCCGUCAAGAUGUUCCUGUUGUCGCGCAUCUUCACCACCCGUGAGAUGCAGUGUCUGGAUGCUGAUGACGCAGAGCCCGUCUUUGACGAGCGAGAGGUCCAUGAUGAAUACUCAGAGAUGCACAUGCCUGUGUGACCCACACCAUAAUAUACCUACCAACCACUGUAUUCUUCUCUGUGUCCACACCAUUCUGCCAAUCAAUCAACCAGCCAAUGAAAUGCCUGCCCAAAGGAUCCACCAGCAAAGACCCUAUAUAUAUAUAUAUAUAUAUAUAUAUAUAUAUAUAAUUGACAGAUCCUCUGACCAUCAUUGAGCACUGUUGGUACUGGUUUCCAUUGCUUUAACCACACCUGACCAAAGGGUAAAGAUGUCGCAUGCAGGCUUUGGUCUUCUGAGACCCAGCUCUGUCAUGGAGGGGUUUAAGAUCACUCAUAACUCAUCUCAUUCACUGGGACAGAGUUCAAUUGGGUGACAUAAGUAGAUUCAACGUUCAGUCGUUCUCAUGAUGACACACAGCUGGAAAUGGGGACACAUAAGGGGGAACUUCCUGUCCUCUGAAGGGGUUAGGGGUCGUAACCCUUCAGAGAGCACUUUGUGGCAUUAGGUAUGAAUACAGACUGAAAGGUCCAAUCGGUUCAGCAUAUUUAUUUUGUUAAUCAUCCAUGUUUUAAAAUAUUUCAACAUAUUUGCCUUUUUGGGGGGGGGGUUCAGGGGUUCAAAUCCAGUUGUGUGUUUAUAGAUGUGUAUUUUCAAGGUUUAUUCCAGUGACUGUGUAUGGUAGGUAGUUUAGUACACAAUGAUUCAUUUUUCAACCCUAACAGGUUGUGCUGAUUCACAUUGAAUGUGCGGAGGAUUAUAUAUGGGAUACAUUCCUUGAGUCAAUAUAUUUAACAUAUUGUGCUUUCACUUUGUAUGUUUAGCUCUUUUAGCUCACUAAGCGCCUUAUGAAGGACAUGAUGACUGGACAGAGAAACCUAAUUAUGUUGCUUUUGUUUUUAACAGCUGUUCCUUCAAGAGCACCUCUAAGCCCUCUGCACUUUUUAAGGCAUAAUAUUGAAUGUUUUAUAUUUUACUUAGUGUCUAUCAAACACUAUGCUGUGUAUUUUUGUAAAAAAAAAUGUAAGAUGCCUUAGAUUUUUCUCUCCCGGCAAUUCCAUUAGCUAAAAAGGAAGGCGUGUGAUUUUAUGUUUCCAAACGAUUGCAAAGGGGACACAAACUGCUCCAACCUCAGACUGAUAUUAAGGUAGUGUUAGCCCGGUGGUUUUACCAAUAGUCAUUACAACACUGCUCAGCAGUCUUGUGAAGUCGUGAUGAAAUGAAAUGUGCCUAUCUAUGUUAUUGUGUAGUUUAUUUCCUUUCAUCCAUUCAUCAUCCUCCUCUAGUGUUUAUGCUGCCAUUGUGGUGGCUAAAGUUUACCAGCAGAGGGAGACGAAAUGUAACCAAAGUACACAUUGUAGUACCAAAUUAUUUUAAAGUACUGUACUGAAUGUGAAAUAACUCCCCAAUCAUUUCUUUUUCGUUAGCAUUUCCUCCAUAAAAGCUGAAAUGGGAUCACAUCUCUCAAGUGCUACACAAUCUCAAGACCUUUCUGAAGUACUGUCUAUAUACACUAAACAUUGUGAUACUUUCGCCAAGUACAGUAAACUUCUUGUAGUAUUGUUCUAAUAAGGACCAAAUAUGUGAAACUAAACAGCUCAUCUAAAGUAUAUACUGCUGAAUUCCUUUCUGAAAGUUAUCGACAUGCAUCUAUUGGGCACACCUUCACCUUUUGCAUUCUCACUGUGUAUGUUAAAGUGGUCUACCUACCAGCAUAAAGCUAGUCAGUAUUUUUUUGGGGGGGCACUAAUCUAUUUGUCUUUUCCUGUGUGUGAGUGGUUUUAUUUCUUACCAAAUCUUGGCCAUUUAAAACGUUUCAAGUUUGGUCAGAACUAUCAAAUGUGGGUGUUAUCACACCUGUUACUUGCCACCAGGUUUAUGAUGUUUCCGAGGUGGGCAAAGUGGUUCAGCGGGUCAAGACCAUUCUCUCACAACAUUUCAUUUUAAUUUUUUUUUUUUUGAUUUCAAGUAGUAUUAGUGAUUAUUAUAAAAAUUAUCCAAAGUUUUUAGAUAGAAGCAAAUGCGUUGUCUAAAAUUCCUAAAUGAUACUGUCGACAAAAUUUCUGUGUAGGCAACCUCUUUAGUGUCACCCAUGCCAGGGUAAUCUCUUGUGGAAAGACUACGUAAACAUAAAUCGUACUGUAGAUCUGUCAUGAUAGAACUGGAUGUGUGAGAUCUGCAGCAUUAGUUCCAGUGCUUGGGUUUUUUGUCACUGGUUAUUUGGACAAAUCCUGAUUUUUGCAAGGCGUUAGCAUAUUUCGGAUGGAGCAGGGACUUUUGGCUCAUAUACUUGCCUGUAACUUGCAAAGAGAAAGGGUAGAGUUCUUUUGUUUUCGGUUCUGAUCCUCGUUCUAUCUCUUCUCUUAACACUUAUGGACCCAGAUCUUAAUUGAACAUCUGACCAAUUACGCACGUCUUAAGUUCUGGGUUUACUAAGAUUGAUGCCAGGGGAAUGGCUUGAAGCCUUUUUAAAGAUGUUGUUUCUAAUAUAUACAGAUGUCUGGAGUUAGACCUAUGAAUAUACUUUUUUUUUUACCUGAAAUGCAGUCAUUGAUUGUGAAGACUGGACCUCAUGUCUGUAUUUUGUUCUUUCUUGCCUCUUUAUUGUUUCUCAAGCAAGGGGGAGGCCGAAGACCUCACUAAUCCCCUUCAGACCAACUCCUUAACCUUUUUUUUAAAAAUCCUUUAGUGUGUGUACUUUACUGUAUUUAUACUUAGGAUAUUGCCUUUCAACAGUAAAAGUUCAAAAAUGUCUCUUUCUGUGCACCUCAACUAAGCUAUACUUGGCUCCAUAUUCCCACGGUCUAUGGCUACAGGCAGCCCAACUCUGAUCUUUUGUUCAACUAUUGGCAAAAGAGCUGAUCUGAUUGGUCAAAAGACCAAUAAGUGGAAAAAAUAUCAGAAUCCGGCUGCCGGUGUAAACGCAUUCGAAGUCCUUUAUUUGUGCCUGAAUUGAUCUACAGCUGCACGUGAAUGUAUACGAUAUGUGAUUGUGUCAUUUAUCACCUGAAUCCGUCAUAGCCGUCAUAUAUAUUUUUUCCAGUAUGUCACUCAAGUUCAAUUUGUUUUCACUUUUAGAAUGCCCAUAGAUCAAGGCCUGCAUUCACAACACGUCUCAGAGUAGGAGUGAUGAUGGGAUCAGAUUUCCAUUUUAGAUCCUACUGAAUAAGAUAUGAACAGAGGGGAUCUGAUCCUAGCACUCCUACUCACUCUUCAUGAAUACAGGUCCUGAUCCCUCGCAUGUAUUGCAAUGUGGCACUAUGUGUUUUGAGUGUUUGAAGGGUGUUGUGCAGAUGUUUUGAAAGAUGUUGCAGUAAUUGAUGACCAUGGACAAAAUGGUGGUGUGCAAAAUAAGUUGUUGUUUUUUUUUAAUGGAAAACGGUAUGGAUGGAGGGAAUGUGUUCUGUACAUGAUUGUCAGUGCCCAAGGAAACAUUGCUAUAAUGCAGUUCCAUUUUAAAAGAAACACAAAGCAUUCUGGGUGUUCAUUGCUUAUGUUUAGUGUACAUACACUACCGGUCAAAAGUUUUAGAACACCUACUCAUUCAAGUGUUUUUCAAGUUAUCUUUAUUUUCACUAUUUUCUACAUUGUAGAAUAAUAUUGAAGACAUAAAAACUAUGAAGUAACACGUGGAAUCAUAUACUAACCAAAAGUGUUAAACAAAUCAAAAGAUUUGUCAAAUAGCCACCCUUUGCCUUGAUGACAGCUUUACACACUCUUGGCAUUCUCUCAACCAGCUAUACCUGGAAUGCUUUUCCAACAGUCUUGAAGGGGUUCCCACAUGCUGAGCACUUGUUGGCUGCUUUUCCAUUCACUCUGCUCCGACUCAUCCCAAACUAUCUCAAUUUGGUUGAGGUCGGGGGAUUGUGGAGGCCAGGUCAUCUGAUGCAUCACUCUCCUUCUUGGUCAAAUAGCGCUUACACAGCCUGGAAGUGUGUUGGGUCAUUGUCCUGUUGAAAAACAAAUGAUAGUCCCACUAAGCCCAAAACAGAUGGAAUGGUGUAUUGCUGCAGAAAUGUAUUUUGAUCUAACACUUUUUUGGUUACUACAUGAUUCCAUAUGUUAUUUCAUAGUUUAGUAAAAAAUAUAAAAAAAUUAAUUAAAAAAUUUAACUUUUGACCGGUAGUUUAAAUAGUUAAAAUAUUGAUGACCAAUAAAUAAAGACCAAUUUCGAUUAAACAUCA